CGCUCCCAACAUCCCCCACACACCCACACUCACACAAGACAGCCAUGCAAGUCUCCUCCUACUCCUUAGAAAUGCACCCUGCAUGGGUCCCACGUGACGCCUCCACCAUCCGCUGCAGCAGCCGCCGUGUCCCUCCAUUGACGGCCGCCAGCCUCCGCCCCCCGCCGCCCAUCUCUGCAGUUGCGGCGGCACCAUCUAUCCUCAAGCAUCAGAAAACCACCCACUCAAUGCCACCCGAAAAGGUGGAGGUUUUCAAGUCCCUCGAGACCUGGGCCACCCAAAACGUGCUCCCCUUGCUGAGGCCGGUCGACCAGUGCUGGCAACCCCACGACUUCGUCCCCGACUCAUCCCUGCCCACGGACGAGUUCACAGACCGCGUGGCCCAGCUCCGCGAGCGGACCGCCGAGCUCCCGGACGAGUACUUCGUGGUGCUCGUGGGGGACAUGAUCACCGAGGAGGCGCUGCCCACGUACCAGACCAUGAUCAACACGCUGGACGGGGUCCGGGACGAGACCGGGGCCAGCCCGUCCCCGUGGGCCGUGUGGACUCGGGCCUGGACCGCCGAGGAGAACCGGCACGGGGACUUGCUCCGGACGUACCUCUACCUGUCGGGUCGGGUCGACAUGCUCAUGAUCGAGAGGACGGUACAGUACUUGAUUGGAGCCGGAAUGGACCCCGGAACGGAAAACAACCCGUAUCUGGGAUUCGUCUACACGUCGUUCCAGGAGCGAGCCACAUUCGUCUCCCACGGCAACACGGCCCGGCUGGCCAAGGAGGGCGGUGACCCGGUGCUCGCGCGCAUAUGCGGGACCAUCGCUGCUGACGAGAAGCGCCAUGAGAAGGCCUACUCGACGAUCGUGGACAAGCUCCUGGAGGUGGACCCCAACGGCGCAAUGGUCGCAGUCGCCGACAUGAUGCGCAAGAAGAUCACGAUGCCUGCGCACCUGAUGUGCGACGGGCAGGACCCGAAGCUGUUCGAGCACUUCUCGGCCGUGGCGCAGCGGCUCGGCGUGUACACCGCCCACGACUACGCGGAUAUACUCGAGUUCCUGAUCGGGCGGUGGGGGCUGGAGAAGCUGGAGGGGUUGGCGGCCGAGGGGAGGAGGGCGCAGGAGUUUGUGUGUGGGCUCGCGCCCCGGAUCAGGAGGCUCCAGGAGCAGGCCGACGAGCGAGCCCGGAUGAUGGGCCAGCAUGGUGUGAGGUUUAGCUGGAUCUUCAACAGGGAGAUCAAGAUAUAGCUCCUAAAAUCCUACAUGGGAAGACGAGACAAGACAAGACAAGGAAGAAUAAAAAUGGAACUGUGAAGCUUAAUUUUGAGGUUUUC